AUGGCAUGUCCUCCUUCGUACCGCGAGCGUGCGCCUCCUUUACCAAGCAUCAAAAUCCACGCCGGAGAUCGCUUCUCCUCACACGAUAUGCGCCUUGGCCAAACCGGUGCCAUCCCUAUUCCCGGCAUUGAGCAUCGCCAUUAUGCCCCUCCGCCUCUGCCCCCGCCCCCCGAGCCUUUUACUGAGCCGCACCGCCGUCCUGACGAUAUCAAGAGAGAACGCCGAGGCUACGCCAGCAACUAUAGCAGCUUCAAUUCACUUUAUGCCGACCAACGACCCAGCCUCAAGCGCCGAGACACGGGCAGCACCACUGGUGACGAAGGGUAUGCCAGCUAUGCAUCUACGGACCGGUCUCGCGAGUCCUUUCCUACUGAAUUUGUCGCCCUGCAACAUAACAAUUUCAGUUUUAAGUCUGCCGCCGACAGCCACUGCGACAGCAUGAAGGCUAAGCUUGAUUGCUUGCGACCGUUGGAUCGACCGCCGGCCCGCUCCAUGGUCAGCGAUAUAUCUCACAGAGAGGCUCGCCUCGCCCCUCCCGCUAGCCUCGCCGUCCAGCUUCCCAUCCAUAGCCGCGAGCGUAGCCUUUCAGAAUCGCGUGAGUCGUCCUUGUCCAAUUAUCGCCAUUACGACCGAUCGCUCAAGGACGGUUCCGAACUCGACUACCCUUCGCCACGCAACCGCUCACGCCGCAACACUGGCGACGAUACCAACUCUGUACAUGGAGCCUACGACCACCAUACUCUUGACGAUAUGGAGAUGGAAGAAACCAGUUCUUUAAAGCGUCUGUACAUUGACGAGUCGCACUCCGCAGCUGGCCAGAAGCGCAGAGCCCCUAACCCUCCCGAUGAGUAUGGUGCCCAUGACCAUGUCGGUUUGGCUGAAACCAUGCGCCGUCGGGAAGGUGCCGUUCGUUCAUCGCCGACUCCUCGACUCGCUACGAUCCCCCAGGGAUCUUCACUCGUAGCAACGUCGACCACUGCUACCUCUCGAACCAACUCGUACCUGUCUACGCUCUCCAUCCCUUCUCCACAGAAUGGGACUACCUUUAGCCACCGGUCGCCAGGUGGCAUCUCCUCCAGUGGUGUCUCGCCCGCUAGCUCAACCUCACCAUACACUGCGUCGUCGCUCAACCCCAGUCCCCGCAGCUCCAUUUCCCGUGUCCCUACCCAUGGUAGGGCGCCGUCUGGCAGUAGUCCUCGCAAGGUUGUUGAACCUGGCAAGGCCGCCAUCACGAAGCUGCAGGGUUUUUACAUGUGCGAGUGCUGCCCCAAGAAGCCCAAAAAGUUUGACUCGGCCGAAGAUUUAGCUGCUCACGAAGCUGAGAAGCAAUAUGAAUGCAACUACUGCGGCAACCGCUUUAAGAAUAAGAACGAGGCUGAGCGCCACCAGAACUCGCUCCAUGUGCGACGCCACAGCUGGUCUUGCUCUGCCCUGUCAGGCUAUGACCGAGCCUUCCAUGAGUCGACUAACCGGCCUGGAGAGGCUGACGUCUGCGGCUACUGCGGCGACGAGUUUCCUCGCACAGGCGUUGCGCCUGGCACUGGUGCUCUUAGCGGUGGCGUCGUCCCAAAGCGCCCUACUGACCAGGACUGGGACGAACGCAUCCGCCACUUGCAGGAGAUUCACAAGUUUAGGGAAUGCAACUCUUCCAAGAAGUUCUACCGUGCCGACCACUUCCGCCAGCAUCUCAAGCAUAGCCACGCAGGCACCAGCGGCAAAUGGACAAACAUGCUUGAGAAUGCCUGCCUCAUGGACGAGGAACCUGUGCAGCCUGGCAAUCGAAACUAG